CAGAAACACCCAGCAACUGCUGGCAACUGCAUGAAGCGCAGCGAAGGCAAUCGAAAAAAACGGAAUUGUGUGCUGUUUGCUUGACGCAAGCAAGCAAGCAAGGCAACGGCAAGAAGCAAGACAACGACCAGCCAGCCACUGACACUAACCAACCUCACAUCACACAUACCAACCUCACCUCACAUCACCAACCAACCUCAACCUCACCCACAACAGACCUCAAGAAGUGAAGGAAGCAAGAGAUGAGCGCUGUUGCUGCUGUGCUUGCCGGUGGCCGUAUCGCCGCCGCCAGUGCCAGUGCCAAGGCCUGUGCUGCCACCACGGCUGUUGCCGCGUCGCGCAUGUCGCUGUGGGCGCACGUCCAGCAAGGCCCGCCCGAUCCGAUUCUGGGGCUCACAGAGGCCUACAACAAGGACACGUUCCCCAACAAGGUGAACCUCGGCGUUGGCGCGUAUCGCGACGACGAGGGCAAGCCACACGUCUUGCAGUGCGUGACAGAGGCCGAGAAGCGCCUGCUGGACGCACACCUCAACAAGGAGUACGCCAGCAUCCAAGGCCCAAAGGACUUUCGGGACGCCUCCGCAAAGCUCGCACUUGCCGACGCAGACAACGCUCUGGCAGAAGGCCGUGUCACCACCGUCCAGUCCAUCUCCGGCACCGGCGGUCUCCGCGUCGCAGGCAUCUUCCUGGCGCAAUUCUACAACUUCCCAAACAAGGACCGCGCCAUCUACCUUCCCACCCCCACAUGGAGCAACCACCUCCCCAUCUUCCGUGCGUGUGGCAUUGAGCCAAGGACAUACUCGUACUACGACAAGAACACGUGUGGGCUGGACUUCAAGGGCAUGAUGCAAGACCUCGACAAACUGGAAAACGGCUCCGUCGUCCUCUUGCACGCUUGCGCACAGAACCCAACCGGUGUGGACCCAACACCAGAGCAGUGGCACGAGAUUGCCACCCUCAUCAAGCAGAAGAACCACCUCCCCGUCUUCGACAUGGCAUACCAGGGAUUUGCAUCUGGGGACUACGACAAGGAUGCAUAUGCCGUGCGCCAUUUCUGCGAGCAAGGCAUGCUCCCCUUUGUCAUCCAGUCAUACUCCAAGAACAUGGGCCUCUACGGCGAGCGCGUGGGUGCGCUGAAUGUGGUGACCACGGAUCCUCAACAAGCCAGCGCCAUCGAGUCGCAGCUCAAGAUUAUGAUCAGGGCGCUGUACUCCAACCCGCCCAUCCACGGCGCCCGCAUCGUCGCCACCGUCCUCAACGACAACGACCUCCACGCCCUCCUGCUGAAGGAGACGCACGCGAUGGCUGAUCGCAUCACAUCGAUGCGCACGCGUCUUGUUGAGGAGCUGGCCAAGGCGGGCUCCAAGCUGGACUGGAGCCACAUCCAGCGCCAGAUUGGCAUGUUCUGCUUCUCCGGGCUCACGGAGCAGGAGGUGCAAGAGCUCAUCUCCACGUACCACAUCUACCUGACGAAGAACGGCCGCAUCUCCAUGGCGGGCGUGUCGUCCGGCAACGUCGAAUACCUCGCACACGCCAUGCACGCCGUCACCGCGCACAGGGAGUGAAUGAAGCCCGAGAUGGCUGCUCGGCUGCGUGUGUCCCGCAUGUCCCAUAUGAGUGCGUGUGUGCACCUGGGUGAAUGUGCGUUGGGAAUGCGUGUGCAUGGGAAUGCGAGUGACUGACUUUGAACUGUCAUGGCGCAUCUUGUCGCGCCACAUGGCGUCAACCAUUGCUUUUGUCGAUGUGGGGCAUAUGUAUGUGCUGUAUGGACUGUGUUGUUUUGAAAUACACGACUCGAACCGUUA